AUGAAAGCCUCUUUUUGUUAUUUUAAAAUGUCCAAGAAAAAAUUAUUUGAUUUUUUCCUAACCAUUUUUACAUUUAAUUUACUUUUUGCUGCGCAACUUUGUAAUGGAUUUAUGUCAUCAGAACAACAAAAUCGUUUAUAUUCCGAAGGAGGUUCUUAUUCAACAAAACAAGAAAAUGAUAAAUCUUCAACUGCUGGAAUUGCUGAAGAAUUAGAAAUGGAACAAGAAUAUGAACAACCAAAUUUAUAUACAGAAUCUUUCCAAGAAGAGCGUCAACGUCAACGUUUGGCUAAUAUAGUAGAUCAACUUAGACAACAAAAUGUUUAUAAUCAACAAUAUAACGCCGCCCCUUUAUUCGAAGAAAACGAGGAUAAACCUUUUUUAAAUCCUGAAGAGCCGCGGUUACGAAAUAGAAAUGCUGAAGAAUUGGAAGAAUUGCGUCGUCUUGGUAUGGAAUUGAAACAAAUUAGUGAGGAAAAAAUUGGAGAAGAAAUGGGAGGAGAUUCUGAGGGGACUAGUACUGAAGAAGAAGAAGAGGAGUUAACAAGUCAAGAAUAUUAUUUAAAUCAAGAAAAGGAAUAUAUAAAAUAUUUAUUAAAUAAAGGAGAAUUAAUUAAAGAUUUGUUAAGUAAAAUAUCAGAAAAAGAUAAAAGAUUUGAAAUUUUGUGGGAAACUUUUGUUGAAGAAGGGAGUAAUUUAAAAGAUUUAAUUUUGUCAAAAAAUUUUGAAAAAGAAAUUAAAAAACAAAAAAAUAAUUCUUUUGAGGAAAUAAAAGUUUAUAAAAAAUUGAUAGAAAUUGGGGAAAAAUCGUUGGAAAUUAUUGGAAAAAAAGAAAAAUUAAAAGAAAAUAAAAAUUAUUUUUUAUUAAAUCGUUUAAAUGAAAGUGAAAAAAUAUUGACAAAAUUAUUAAAAGAUAAAGCUAGUGGAGAAUUUAUUUUGGGCCAAAAAGAGCAUAAAUUAAUUUGGCUUAAUAAAUUAGGAAGAGCUUUAGAUUAUUUUGAAAAAAAUAUUUUGGCUUUUAAAAAAUUAAAUGAGACAAAAAAGCCUUCUAAAAUGGCAACACCAGUCAAAAAAGGUCAAAAUGAAUUUGUUGAAUUUGCAGAGCCUAUUAGUAACCAAAAUUUAAAUAGUAAAAGAAUUAAAGAUAUUGAAUGGAUGGAGAAACGUUUGCCAAGUGAUUCUUCUUAUUUCGAUAAUCAGAGAAGAGGUGGAGGAGGUCCUUUCCAUUUCUUUAAUGCUUCUGGAAAUAUUUUGUUUAUUGCUUAUUUAACAAUUUGCUGUGUUGGUGUUGUUGCUGGGGUUGUUGGGGGUGUUUACUACUACAACCAUGUUCGGUCCUCAAAUGUUGAUGACCCUUUUAAUGAGUUUACUCGUUAUUCGCCCUCCGGACCUGGCAAAGACAAAUUUAGUAAGAGAGGAGGAGGAGGAGCACAAGCAUUUGGACAAACUGUUGGAGACGAUACUUUAGCUUAUAAAGCCCAACUUCAACAAUAUCAACAACAAAAACAAAAAAUUUUGGGAGCCGGCCAAACAAUUAGUAAUGACCAAAUGAGUGACAAUGAAGAAGAAAAUGAUGAACUUGAACAUAAUUUUAGUGUUUUUGAAUGUCCAGGAUUGGCACCUACUGGAGAUGUUGAAAUUCAAAAUCCAAAUUUUGUUGGAGAAAACGGGGAAAACAAUACAACAACAAAAAACAUUGAAAAUUCAAAGAAAGAGGAAAGAAAUGAUUGA